AUGUUGCGCAGGCUUCGAGAUCUAGAGGAGGCUGAAUCAGAUUCCGAAGACCCAGAAGAAUCAGAGUCCCACCUGGCCGAAGAGCGGGAAAGUAUCGUGAGAGCGGAUGCACCUGGGCCGUCCACGUCAACGUCAAAUCCAACCACUCACCAUACACAAUCAACCAACCCCAUCCCAACACCAACAAUCACGCGUACAACGCACUCAGCUGCACGCGCAACCAUCCCACAUUCACCUGACCACACAUCAAGUCCACCAACAUCAACCCCCACACAAUCAACAGCCACACCCCCAACGCAAUCAACAACCACACCCCCAACACAAUCAACAACCACACCCCCCACUCAAUCAACAAAACCCACUCAUCUUGAGAUCCUCCAGGACACUGUUGCCGCCCUCAAGAAGACCAACCUUGUUACCGCCAUCCCAAACACCACAGCUGCCGCAUUGACUAUCCAACCCACAACAUCAAAUGAGCUCCUCCUCCUUGCAGCACUUUGUGAGGCCGAGAGUCGGAAUGCUCAUGCAGAGAUACAUGCCUUCGAGCUCCAGGCCUCCAACAUUCUGAAUGAGGCAUAUACCGAGAGGCUUCGGAAAGCACUAGAGGCAAGGGAAGAAAAGCGGGGGAAGAAAAAGGGUAUCAAGCUUGUUGGCAAUGGGCUCCCCAAGCUUUUGAGUGGCAACAAUUUCUAUGAGCUCAUGCAGGCCAAGGAGAAGGAGGUGCGUGAGGUUUUGAAGCAAAAGGAGGCAUGGAAGGAAGGACGGGUUGCCUAUGAUGCAGCAGUGGAAGUGUGGGCUGCAGCAGAUCAGGAGCGAAGGAUGAACGGGAUGCUAUCAAGGCCAACAACACGCAAACCACAGCGGCUUGGGACAAUAGGAAGGCUGCAGCAGUCAAGAAGAAGAAGAAAUUUACCGAACCAAAGCCAAAAUCGACGCCCCUUCCAAAAGCGAUUCCUAGGCCCAAGUUGA